AAAAAGAACAGACCAACAAACGAAGAAAAACACACACAAAUUCUUCAUCCUUUUUUUUCAAUUUCGUAAUUUCUACAGUUUGUGACUGUAAGCAAAACCCAACGCUUCACUCCAACUCUCUCUCUCUCUCUCUCCCACCAUCACCACUGACAAACCGAUCUGAAAAAAAAAAACGCCAAAGAAGGAAAUGAAGAAGCUGAAAAGCUGUUAUCUCCAACUCCGUCGUAACCACCACCAACAACAACCAUCAGACCGUAGAUGGAUCCUCCCACUAACAAUCGGAUCCAUCUGCUCCCUCUUCCUCCUCCUCCUAACAACCCUAUCCUCCCCCUCCUCCUCCAAAUCUCGUCUCCUCCCCUUAUCACUCUACAACCUCAGAUCCUCCCUCUUCGUCGAGUCCAAAAUCAAUCCCUUACCCGUCUCCCUCUCCCUCUCCCUCUCCCCUCCUCCGCCGCCUCCGCGUCUCGCCUACCUAAUCUCCGGCUCCUCCGGCGACGGCCAGAUGCUGAAACGGACGCUGCUAGCGCUCUACCACCCCAACAACCAGUACGUCGUCCACCUCGACCGCGAGUCCUCCCCCGAGGAGAGGCUGGAUCUCGCCGCGUUCGUCGCGAACCAGACGCUGUUUCGGAGGUUUGAGAACGUGAGGAUGAUCGUGAAGGCGAACUUCGUUACGUAUCGUGGACCGACUAUGGUGGCGAAUACGCUUCACGCGGCGGCGGUUUUGCUUAGGGAAGGUGGUGAUUGGGAUUGGUUUGUUAAUCUUAGCGCUUCGGAUUACCCUCUCGUCACGCAAGAUGAUCUGUUGCAUACGUUUUCGUAUCUGCCGCGGGAUCUUAAUUUUAUUGAUCAUACGAGCAACAUUGGGUGGAAAGAGUCUCAUAGAGCAAAGCCGAUAAUAAUUGAUCCUGGUUUGUAUAUGUCAAAGAAAGCUGAUGUUUUCUGGGUUUCACAGAAGAGAAGCAUGCCUACUGCUUUCAAACUCUUCACAGGAUCUGCGUGGAUGAUGCUGUCACGACCAUUUGUGGAUUACUUCAUCUGGGGAUGGGACAAUCUACCUCGCAUUGUCUUAAUGUACUACGCGAACUUCCUCUCCUCACCAGAAGGCUACUUCCACACGGUGGUCUGCAACGCUAAAGAGUUUAGCAACACGACAGUUAACAGUGACUUACACUUCAUCUCAUGGGACAAUCCUCCUAAGCAGCAUCCGCACCAUCUCACGCUCGAUGAUUUCGGUAGAAUGGUGGACAGUAACGCACCUUUCGCUAGAAAGUUCCGUAGAGAUGAACCUGUCCUAGAUAAGAUCGAUUCAGAGCUCUUGUCUCGGAGUCCAGGGAUGGUUACUCCGGGUGGUUGGUGUAUUGGGACGAGGGAAAACGGGAGCGACCCGUGUGCUGAGAUUGGUGACACUUUGGUUGUAAAGCCUGGUUCUGGAGCUAAACGGGUUGAGAAACUCGUAACGUAUUUGUUAUCGACUGAGAAUUUCAGACCACGGCAAUGCAGGUAAUAGAGAAACAUGCGAGUUUUUUUGGCCUAAACAAAAAAAUAUACAGUGAGUUUGUGUUAAUGAACAUGAUUAUGCUUUGAAGGCUGUAUAGUAACUUGAACUUUUGAAAUUUUCUUCCUUAUUAAUUGCCGAGAAUACCGUGAAGAAUAAUUUGAUCACUAAUUUUGUUUUCUCUUGUCCACACUAAAGC